AUGAGCACCUUCUUCCCAAAAGGGAAGGGUGGGAAUGAGGAUCUGCAAGGUAUGCUACUCUUCGCUCAUGAAGAUGCUCAACACAUAUCCAUCCUCCCUGUGGUUCCUCAACGCAGAAGUGGAGAAAUAUGGAUGACAGGGGAUAAGCUCGCCCAGGUGUCUGGUGAGGGUCGACUCUCUUCAGACAAAAGAAUCUUAUUCCGAGGGAAAACGAAGGUGACGUGGCAGAGGCACACAGUCACCAUGUUAUGGUCCAUGGACAGGAAGUUAGCAGGAUUAAAACGACUCAGCCCAGAUAGAUCCAAUGUUUUCACAGACAUUCAGAUCGGGAGAAUUACCUGGCCACUCUUCAUUACCAAAGAAAUCGAUGUUGUUGUCCUUCAGAAGGUUCUGGGUUCGAAGCGCUUUCAUGCACGGUGCUUUGUCAUGCAGAAAAGUAACCUGAGUGACGUCCAGAACAUUUUGAGGGUCUUGAAGAAAGGGAAUGACGCGCUCUGUCAAGAUUUUCUCCCGAAAAUAAUCUCCAUCCCAACUUUGUCCACGAGGCUUCAUCACCCACAUCAUCCGCCGCACAGUGAAGAGGACAAAAACGCCAACACAUUCAGGACUUUUGAUCAAUUCACGAUGAUGCUCUUCAUCUGGAAUCUCAUCCGGAAUCCACCAGAAUGCAAACUGACAUGGCAUGGAACGGAGUACGUGGGGAAGAUGAACGUGACGAUGUGGGGGUUUCCCUGUCUACAAUGGCUCAUGCGCAUUAAUGAGGAUGAAGGACGCUUAUUACACGAUGAAUUGGAUGGAGGACACGCAUUUUGUCGAAACGAUGUCUUCUCUGCAGGUGGUCCGGGAUGUUACGUCUCCUUAGAAAUGACUCCGAGUUCUUGGCGUGCUUGCGACGUUCCAUUCUGUCCCACCAUCAAGGAGGGAAAAUGCGACGUUCGAGUUGAAGGGCAUUGUAUCAGUCCACUAGAAUGCAAGACAGACGUGAAGGGGGUGUCAUACAUAGGCACGAAAAAUGUGACCAGAAAAGGACACAAGUGCGUGGCAUGGAUUGUUGGUUGGAUGGGCCAAGAAGAACAUGAUUAUUCCGACUAUACGGAAAAGGCUAACAUGAUCAGCAAUUUCCAAAAGAGGUUAAAGGACGAUUUGUACCCCACUCACAACUUCUGCCGGAACUGGAACGAUGACGAUGAAGAUCCUUGGUGCUACAAGAGCGACGGGCGUGGUAGGGAAUAUUGCGAUAUCCCCAUAUGUACCGAAAACGUUUCCGAGAAGUAUGAACAUUGA